AUGGACCCACGAGGAUCUGGCCCCGGGUCUAAACCCAGACCUGGACCUGGACCUGGACCUGGACCUGCUCCCAGCUCUCAGUCUCUGAAAAGUGACCGGUCCAACUCCCCUCCUCCUGAGUUCAGAGAAGAUGGUCCUGAAGAUCAGAGACGGGAGAACAAGGAGCAGUUCGACAAUAUAAGAGAGGACAUUAACGGCAUCGCCAAGAGGUUGGAUGAAGCAGAGGAACGAAUAAUGGAGGCGGAGACUAGCAUACAGGCUUCGGAGGAGAUGCUACUAGAGUUAGCAAAGCUCCAAACCCAAGUUGAAGCUAAGGAGAAGAACAUACGCUUCCAGACGCCUUUCCCGGCCAGGCUGAGAGUGCAUUACAGCGAAGGCAUGGUGACAUACAACUCUGCACAGGAGGCGACAGAGGAUAUGGUGAAGAGAGGCCACACUACGCUGUUGGAGCAGAUAAAACGACGGAUGUGGCAAUGGAACGGCAAACAAGGGAAUACAGGUGCAUGGCCCAGAUGCCAAGUUUCAGAGAAGCUCCAGGCAUUCCGACGCCAGAGUGACGACACGGCAUAA